AUGAAAUAUCACGCCGCCACCAUGCUUGCUGCCGCAGCUGCAGCUCUGCUUUCCACCGUCUCUGCAUCCUCCACUGUGGUUUGCACAGAAAACGAACUUGGCAACUCCGGCCAGUCAGAUGUCUGCCUGGUGGACAAUGUGUCGCCAGAGCCAGAAAAAGGCUAUUUUCUUCCAUGUGUUGAAGUCAUCUUCAGAGACAACACAUGUCACUUUGUAGCAAGUGAGCCCGAUUACACCAAGGCCCACGAUGAAUGUCAGUGCAGCGGAACCACUUUCUCUGCGUGGGUCGAGUGCCAGAAGUGCCUCUUGGACCAUGGCUUUCAUAACGAAGACAGUGUUUACUGGAGCAAAAUACUGGAUGCGGCAUCAAAAGCUUUGUGCACUGAAACUCCAAUUGCUGCUACCGCCUCAAGCUUGUCUACACCGGUCCAAGCAGGGACAGUUAUUCCUACACCCACCACGCCUAUCAGCGAUGAUGGCUCCAACCAGCUUCCCAUUGAAACAUUCAAGGGCUUGAACCAAACCGCAGUCGCAACACAGGGGCCUGGGGUGCUCAACCAAACAGCUACUCCCACUGCAGGGGCUGUAGGGCCUCAGAAGACUUGCAUUGAAGAUUUCAAGAGGCAAAAUGUCACCACUGUAGCUUCAGAUUCAUCUACCCCAACAGUUCCAAUCAUUCCCAUUUUCCCAACUAACACAUUCACAUCUGCCGAUAGCAUGGAGCCACUUGCUACAACUAGCGACUGGCUGCUUCCGGGGGGGCUUCCGGGGAUGUUUCCUUCAUCCGAAACAUCUGACGCCGCCUCCUCUUCCUCAUUUGGGAAGUCUGGUUUAGCUGUUGCGAUUGCUGGCGCUAUUAUCAUGGGCUUGUUGUGA